CAUCCAUACUAAUUAUGUAUAUAAAAGUGCAAAUAGUGUAUCAAGUCAUUUGUAGUUGGCAUUCACAGUUGAACAAAAUUUUUUUGUGAUGCUUCUCUUUCUUUACACACUCCUGCUAUUCCAUCAACUUCAUACAAAGGCAGGAAACACUGUUUGCCGAAUAAUGGGAGAUCCUCAGUAUCCACUGCUUUCCAAGGAUGGAGACAUAACAAUUGGAGCACUUUUUCCAGUCCACAGCAUAGAAACAUUACCUUCAUUUGAGUUUACACAAAAACCACAGCUGAUAUCAUGCACCAGUGUGUAUCUGAGAGAUUUUCGACUGGCACAAAUCAUGAUCUUUGCCAUUGAGGAGAUUAACAGAAGUGAAAGUUUGCUCCCAAAUGUUUCUAUUGGUUAUCGAAUAUAUGAUACCUGUGGGUCAAGACUGUCUACUGUGAGUGCAACUAUGGGAGUGAUGAAUGAACAGGAGUUUGAACCAGGACGCAGAUGCAAUGGACAGUCUCCUUUACAUGCUAUCAUAGGCGAAUCAGAGUCAUCUGCAACAGUUAUUCUGUCUAGAACUACAGGACCUUUUAAGAUUCCAGUGAUAAGUCACUCUGCUUCUUGUGAAUGCCUCAGUAACAGGAAAGAUUACCCUUCAUUCUUCAGGACUAUGGCUAGUGAUUACCACCAGAGCACAGCACUUGCAUACAUAGUCAAGCACUUAGGCUGGUCCUGGGUGGGAGCUGUAAAUAGUGACAAUGACUAUGGAAACAAUGGAAUGGCCAUAUUUCUGAAAAUAGCCCAUGAGGAGGGGAUUUGUGUGGAGUACUCUGUAAAAUUCUACCGAACGGAGCCAGAAAAACUUCAGAAAGUGGUAGACACAAUUAAAAAAAGCACUGCAAAAGUGAUUGUUGCAUUUGUUUCACUUCCUGAGAUGGGCUUACUUAUUGAUCAGUUAAGUAUUCAGAACAUUACAGGCUUCCAAAUGAUUGGUGUGAAGUCAUGGAUAACAGUAAAGAGUUUGAUCACUCCAAACAGUUUCCGUGUGUUUGGAGGGUCACUGGGGUUUGCAGUAAGAAAAAUUGAUAUUGAAGGGUUUUCAGAUUAUGUCAUAAAAGAAUUUUGGAAAACAGCUUUUCCAUGCUCACAGAGUAAGGGGAAUUAUUCUCAAUAUGCUUUAAGUUGCAGCAGAUAUGAAGAUCUACUUUUGCUAAAAAAUUACAAUGAAGAUGUGCCUGAACAAAGAUAUGCAAGCUAUGUCUACAAAGCAGUUUAUGCUGUGGCUCAUUCACUACAUGCUCUACUUAAGUGCAAAGAACAAGUGGGUUGUGAAAAAGGCCUGGCAAUACAACCACAGCAGCUUGUUGAGGCUCUGAAAAUGGUAAAUUUCACCAUAAAGACUGGAGAUCACGUGUGGUUUGACAGCACUGGUGGCGCAGUAGCCCAAUAUGACGUUGUCAAUUGGCAUCAGGACUCAGAUGGAUCAAUACAUUUUAAAUCAGUGGGAUACUAUGAUGCCUCACUGCCCCCUGACCAGCGCUUUGUUCUUAACACUGAAAACAUAAUCUGGGCUGGAGGACAGUUAGAGAAGCCAAGGUCUGUGUGCAGUGAGAGCUGUCCUCCAGGCACUAGGAAGGCUGCACAGAAAGGAAGACCUGUCUGCUGUUAUGACUGUAUUCCAUGCGCAGAAGGAGAAAUCAGCAAUGAGACAGAUUCAAAUAACUGCAAGCAGUGUCCAAGGGAAUACUGGCCUAAUGCUGAGAAAAAUAAAUGUGUGUUAAAAACUGUAGAGUUUCUGUCAUUCACAGAAGUAAUGGGUAUAGUGCUAGUCUUUUUCUCAAUGGUUGGAGUAGGAUUAACUGUGAUGGUGGCCAUCCUGUUUUACAGCAAGAAAGACACUCCCAUAGUAAAAGCCAACAACUCAGAGCUGAGCUUCCUGCUGCUCUUCUCAUUGACUCUGUGUUUCCUCUGUUCACUUACUUUCAUUGGACGGCCCACUGAGUGGUCCUGUAUGUUGCGUCAUACAGCGUUUGGUAUCACUUUUGUCCUCUGUAUCUCUUGUGUUCUGGGGAAAACAAUAGUGGUGUUAAUGGCCUUCAAGGCCACACUUCCAGGAAGUAAUGUCAUGAAAUGGUUUGGGCCUUCUCAACAGCGACUCUGUGUUCUUGCCUUUACACUUAUACAGGUUCUUAUCUGUGUGCUUUGGAUAACAAUAUCACCUCCAUUUCCUCACAAAAAUAUGACAUAUUAUAAGGAAAAUAUCAUUCUUGAGUGCAGCCUGGGUUCUGCUAUAGGAUUCUGGGCUGUGAUGGGUUAUAUUGGCCUACUGGCUGUUUUGUGCUUCAUUCUAGCUUUUCUGGCUCGCACACUGCCUGAUAACUUCAAUGAAGCCAAAUUCAUCACAUUCAGUAUGCUCAUAUUCUGUGCUGUAUGGAUCACAUUUAUUCCAGCUUAUGUCAGUUCUCCUGGAAAAUUCACUGUAGCUGUAGAGAUAUUUGCCAUUUUAGCCUCAAGCUUCAGUUUACUAUUCUGCAUCUUUGCACCUAAAUGUUAUGUCAUCCUGUUUAAGCCUGAACAAAAUACAAAGCAAAAUAUGAUGGGGAAAACAACAUCUAAGCCCUGCUGAGAAAUAAACUAACAUGUCUUUAUUAACAUUGCAAUGUUUUUUUAAUUGUUAACUCAAAGACAAAAUAAAAAGUUGUUACUGAUUUAUUAAAUUCACAAAAAAAUAUUUACAUAUAAACUGAUACAAUACAGACUUUUAAAUUAAACAAAAAAUAUGCAUACAUUAACACCUACAUACAUACGAUCUUAGACAAAUUCAACAUUCAUCAUUUCUGAGGUUAUACAUUAUUAUACUAUAAAAUUAUAUUCAUAUUAUUAAAUUGUAUAUACAAUUAUUUUAUUUAUGGAUACAUUGUUGAAAUGCUGACAAAUAUAUGAAAUGCCUAACCCUAACCCUUAAUCUUAACUACAUUUCAAAGAGAAAAUUAAUACUUUUAUACUAUGCGGAUAAUUGACACCGAUAUCCAGUUCACAAAUUAAUCUUCUGAUCAACUUUGUUCCUUUAAAUCUGUCAAACAUUUUAAGCUGGGUGUACAUUGUAUUUAUAACAUUGUAUUGUGUUUAUAAUGAUUUAUAACAGUCCUCUGCAAUUGUUGCUUGUCAGACUGUACAAACAUGAUCCUAGCUGUGAGACAUAUCACACUGUGGGAUCUCACUUCCCUUUCUGUCCAUCACGUUUGACCUUAUGUUGAGUGACUAUGGGAUUAAAUUCCCGCCAAUAGUAUUGCGGUCAUGGAUCAAAAAAUAAUAAACAUGUAUCAAAAAUGUAAAAACAUAUGUAAAAUAUAUAGCACAAACUGAAACAAAUAAUGCAAAAUGAUCAGAAUAGCAAAGAACAUGCACGAAUAAAAAAUAAAAUAAGUGUGAAAAGAAAAAUUAAAAGCGCAUUUAAAAAAAUAACAAG